CGGAGGGUGUUGGCACAGCUGGAGGUGGCUCCGCCUCCGGGGCUCGCCGCCUCCUCCCUUGCACACCUCUACUGGUGGCCGCUCGCGCCCCUCCGUUGCGCCGGUAGCAGGAUCCGCAGCGGCCGCCGCGUGAGGCGGCAGUCACGUGUUGUUUUGCCGGCUGCCGCGCGCUCCGAGUGGAGUGGGCGGGGGCGCGGGCCGAGGCAGGAGGGGGCUGGAGCGGGCAGACGGGGGUAGACGGCCUCUUUCCCCAGCCCUCCCUUUCCCGAAUUUCCCCUCCUCCUCGCUCACCUUAAAACCAUCGUGCAUCACCAUGGCGAGCUGCUCCUUCACUAGCGACCAAGCGACAAGGAGACUGAGAGGUGCAGCAGCGGCAGCAGCGGCAGCUCUAGCAGCGGUGGCGACCACCCCGCUUCUUUCCUCGCGAACCCCGACCGCACUCAUUGGGACCGGGUCGUCUUGUCCGGGAGCCAUGUGGCCUUCCACGGCCACUGGCUCCCGGUCAGACUCCGAGUCCGAGGAGGAGGACCUCCCCGUCGGGGAGGAAGUCUGCAAACGCGGCUACCUGCGGAAACAGAAGCAUGGGCACAGACGCUACUUCGUGCUCAAACUCGAGACUGCUGAUGCCCCAGCUCGGCUGGAAUACUACGAAAAUGCCAGGAAGUUCCGGCACAGUGUCCGAGCCGCGGCGGCUGCAGCAGCGGCGGCCGCCUCUGGCGCCGCGAUCCCCGCGCUCAUUCCACCGCGGCGCGUGAUCACCCUAUACCAGUGCUUUUCCGUGAGCCAGCGAGCAGAUGCAAGGUACCGACACCUCAUUGCCCUUUUCACCCAGGACGAGUACUUCGCGAUGGUGGCCGAGAACGAGUCGGAGCAGGAAAGCUGGUACUUGCUGCUCAGCCGCCUCAUCCUCGAGAGCAAGCGCCGCCGCUGCGGCACGCUAGGCGCGCAGCCGGACGGAGAGCCGGGCGCGCUGGCGGCGGCAGCGGCGGCGGAGCCACGCUUCUAUAAAGAUGUGUGGCAGGUAAUAGUCAAACCCAGGGGGCUGGGGCACAGAAAAGAGCUGAGCGGCGUGUUCCGGCUGUGUCUAACCGACGAGGAGGUCGUGUUUGUGAGGCUGAACACUGAAGUGGCUAGCGUGGUUGUCCAGCUCCUGAGCAUCCGUCGCUGUGGACACUCGGAGCAGUAUUUCUUCUUGGAAGUAGGCAGGUCCACCGUCAUCGGUCCAGGAGAGCUCUGGAUGCAGGUCGAUGACUGUGUGGUUGCCCAAAACAUGCACGAGCUGUUUUUGGAGAAGAUGAGAGCCCUAUGUGCAGACGAAUACAGAGCCCGCUGCCGCAGCUACAGCAUCAGCAUCGGCGCCCACCUGUUAACCCUGCUGUCCGCUAGGAGGCACCUGGGCUUGCUGCCGAUAGAGCCGGGAGGCUGGCUCAGAAGGUCCCGCUUUGAGCAGUUUUGCCACCUCAGGGCCAUCGGCGACGGGGAAGACGAGAUGCUUUUCACCAGGCGCUUCAUAACACCCAGCGAGCCUGUGCCCGACUCCAGGCGAGAAAGACUGCACCUACCCAGAGGGUGCAGGUCAAGGAGAGCUAUUUCAGUGCCAGCCAGCUUUUUUCGCCGCUUAGCACACAGCCCAGCACGUCCCCCGCACCCUGCAAGAGCCCCGAACAAUGGAGCUUGCCUGUCUUCUGAAGUGUCUGGAUCUGGCUCUGGCAACUCUGGGGAGGAACGCAAUCCCCAGAGCAAAGAAGAUCAGGAAGGAAGUGGAGGCGACUACAUGCCCAUGAACAAUUGGGGGUCAGGAAAUGGCCGGGGCUCAGGAGGUGGCCAGGGCUCAAGUGGCCAAGGCUCCAGUAGCCAUAGCUCGGGAGGAAACCAGUGCUCAGGUGAGGGACAGGGAUCCCGAGGUGGCCAGGGUUCUAGUGGUGGCCAGGGCUCAAGUGGCCAGGGCUCAGGAGGUAACCAGUGCUCUGGAGAUGGCCAGGGCACCGCAGGUGGGAACGGUUCAGGUGGUGGACAGAGACCUGGAGGUGGGCAUGACUCAGGUGGUGGCCAGGGACCUGGAGAUGGUUAUGGCGCAGGUGGUGGCAAGAACUCUGGAGGGGGUAAAGGUGCAGGAAGUGGGAAAGGAUCUGAUGGUGAUGAUGAACGUGGAAAAUCUCUGAAGAAAAGAUCCUAUUUUGGCAAAUUAACCCAAAGCAAGCAAAUGCCACCACCUCCACCACCUCCUCCUCCCCCCCCACCAGCUGGAGCAACUGGUGGAAAAGCGAAGUCUGGGGGAAGAUUCCGACUUUAUUUUUGUGCUGACAGAGGAGCCACAAAAGAACGCAAAGAAGCCAAAGAAGUUAAAGAUGCAGAGAUCCCAGAAGGUGCAGCUCGUGGCCGCCACAGAGCCAGAGCUUUUGAUGAAGAUGAGGAUGACCCAUACGUGCCAAUGAGGCCAGGGGUGGCUGCCCCUCUUGUCAGCUCCAGUGAUUAUAUGCCAAUGGCUCCUCAAAAUAUCUCUGCUUCAAAAAAGCGCCACUCUCGAUCCCCUUUUGAAGAUUCAAGAGGGUACAUGAUGAUGUUUCCCAGAGUGAGCCCACCACCUGCUCCAAGUCCUGCACCGGAUCCUAAUAAAGGGGAUGACUCAAAGGACAAUGACAGUGAGAGUGACUACAUGUUCAUGGCUCCUGGAGCCGGUGCAAUUCCAAAAAACCCCAGAAAUCCUCAGGGUGGCUCUUCCUCCAAAAGUUGGAGCUCCUACUUCUCUCUACCAAACCCUUUUCGGAGCUCACCUUUGGGACAGAGUGACCACAGUGAGUAUGUACCAAUGUUACCUGGAAAGUUCCUGGGGAGGGGCCUAGACAAAGAAGUCUCCUAUAACUGGGGCCCCAAAGAUGUAUCUUCAAAGCCUUCAGGUGAGGGAUCAUUCUCAAAGCCUGGAAAUGGGGGAUCACUUUCAAAGCCUUCAGAUGAUGGGCCCCCAAAGGAUAAGGCUCUGAGACCUAACAGACUUUCUUUUACUACACAAGAAUAUAAAAUCAAGCCAAAACAACAAGAGCCCACACAUGAGCAGAGAGAAGCUGACAGCUCUAGUGACUAUGUCAACAUUGACUUCACUAAAAGAGAGAGCAAUACACCAGCUCCCUCUACUCAAGGACUAUCAGAUUCUUGGGGUAUAAUUGCUGACCCCAGACAGCCAGCCUUUCAUAAUUAUGUGAAUGUUGAGUUUAGAGUGCCAUUUCCAAACCCAGCAAGUGACUUCUCAGAUCUUUUAAGAGCUAUACCACGUGCCAACCCCCUAUCGCUGGACAGUGCUAGGUGGCCACUUCCUCCUCUUCCCCUCAGUGCUACAGGUAGCAAUGCUAAUGAGGAAGAGGGUGACUACAUUGAAGUAAUUUUCAACUCAGCAGUGACACCAGCCUUGCCUUUUGCUGACAGUGCCAUUCGCUAUGAUGCUGAAACAGGUCGAAUCUAUGUGGUCGACCCAUUUUCUGAGUGCUGUAUGGAUAUAUCUCUCUCCCCCAGCCGAUGUUCAGAACCACCACCUGUUGCUAGGCUGCUGCAGGAGGAAGAGCAGGAGGGAAGACGCCCACAAAGCCGUUCUCAAAGUUUCUUUGCAGCAGCUAGAGCCGCUGUCUCGGCUUUUCCAACAGACAGCCUCGAGAGAGACCUUUCCCCAUCCUAUGUCCCGGCUGUUGCUUCAGCGGCAGCACCUACUUUAGCUGUCCGCCAAGUUGUAGCUGCGGCCUCAACGCUCGCCGCGGCCCCGGGCAUCGGCGCAGCAGCCGUCGCUGCUGGAUUUGACUCCGCCUCCGUCCGCUGGUUUCAACCUGUUGCUAAUGCAACUGGUGUCGAAGGCCUAAGGGGGGCCCAAGACAAUGCCGGUGGCUCGAACCCUGGAGCCCACAACCCAUCUGCAAACCUUCCCAGAGGUGAGAACCGGGCUGGCGGGGCUGCCGCUGCAGCUGCCGCUCCCGAACCCCCACCUCGCAGUCGCCGGGUGCCGAGACCCCAGGAGACAGACGAUUCUGACAACGACGACGACACUUACGUGAGAAUGGAUUUUGCCAGACCUGACAACCAGUUCGACUCUCCCAAAAGAGGUCGGUAAAUUUAUAAUUAAUUUCCCUGAAGUGAAUGGUUGUUGUUUAAUGAAUCGAUGCGCUACAGUCUACAGUGUUAGGGAUACUAUUUCAUUAAUUGGUGCUAUUCGACAUGGAGGAUAGAAUUCAGUUUUAAUUAUUCACACAAUGCCUUUUUGAUCUUUGCAAACAUUUAAGUUUUUAUCUAAUCAAUUUCUUUGGACAGAACUGAUUAUCCUUUAAACAUUGGUUCUACUUUUUAGGGGUAGCUAAACCGCAGACAUACAGCAUAAGGAUACUUUUAAACAGCCUUCCUCAUCAUUUAAAGAUAAUGUAAAGCAGGAUAUCAUAAAUUGGGUUCCACCAACUAAUUUUCAAAUCAACAACUAAUAGCUGCUUUUCUGCAAAUGCCCAUAUUUAAGUGUAGGGAUUUAAUGAGAACACAGACUAUUAAGCAAGAACAAUCAACUAUUUAUGUUUGGGGAGCAUAAUUUUCUCCUUUGAAAGUUACUUUUUAAAGAGCAGUCAUUGUUAUGCUAGUUUGCUGUAGUUUACCAAGAAAGUUAAAUCUCAAUUGUUAACGUGAAUGUCUGGGAGGAACAAAACAUAAAUAAUCCAAAACAGCAAGUGAUUAAAAGAAGACAGUAUUUGGCUCUGGAAUGUGUUUGUGUGUUGAUUUUCUUUUUGUUUUUACACAGGAUAAAUUCCAGAAACCUUGAGUGUUCCUUUUCUCUGUCACUAAUAAUGACAGGCAAGUCACAUUUGCUGUGCCUCAUUUUCUUCUUUUGACCCCCCACCCUUCCAGAAGAGGGUGUGGUGACAACUUGAUAAUGGAUAUGAAUUUUAUUUCAAAGGCUUAAAAAGCAGUUAAAACAUUUAAUUCGUAUAUCUUAUGGGAAAUCAAGGAAAGCAAGAUAAGGCUGGAGGAAGACCUGACCCCAGGGGCAGCUUACCCUGGAAUGGUAGAAGUUUUUAAAGGGCUACUUUUCCAAAGGAAGAAGUCAGGAAGAGUAGAAACUGUCAGACUUGGAAACAAGACUUAGAGUAAUUCUACUGUGUACAACAUUGUGCAAUGUUGUCAUCAGUGUGUCUUGAGACAUUUUCAGGAGAUGAUUGCAAAAGAUGAUGUCUCCAUAGUCUCAACUGCCUUCCCUCUUUACUUGAAUAUGCUUUUUUCCCAGUGAAGGAAGGGAUGGACCCCAGCAGUUUUCAUUCCAGUAGUCAGUUUAGUGAAGAUUUUUGCUUUGCUUGCUUUGUGGAAUGCUUUUGUGAUUGGAUCUCUGCCCACUGUGCUUGAUCAGGCAGAACAAGUUGAGGACUGAUCACAACAGUCACCUAACAAGCUCCCUAUUUAGUGCAGGUGUAGCCCCCCCCACCUCCCCUUUCUCUCCCUGCUAUAGAAAACUUGCCAUACAAAAACUCACAUUUGCUGCACGGACACAUUAAAGAGUGAUCAUUAAAACAACAAAAGGAUGCUUUGGCUUGCCAAAGGAUUCAAUUCAGACCUCUUUUAAACUGUGAGUCCCCUCCCAACACACACACACGGACACACACACGAUCACCACUGCUACCAUAAUCAUACAUUUAAAAUAUAUAAUUUCAUUUCCAAGACUUUAAUCCACAAUAAGCUUUUCAAGAAUAGAUCUAUUUAAUUCUGUAGAAUAUACCUGAAAAUUGAUCUCAAGCUAUUGUUUGAGCCUAACUGUUGAAGACACCAUUUAUAAUUUUGAUGUAGCCGAUACAUAGCUGCCUGUGUCCCUGUAAUACAAAAGGACCAGUUUUCAUAGAAGUUUAUCUAUACUUUCAAAUACCCUGAUCUUUCUUAAAGAUGUAAAAUAGUGAAAUCUUAUUGUUUCUUAAAUAAAUUCUGACUUCCCAAGGAUUAUCUAGAUGCAAUGAUCAUUAUCUUAGCAUAAAUUACUGAUUUAUGACUUUGUAGCUAUUUUGGAGAUUUAACAUUCUGUAAAUGCAUUGUUUAUUGAGGAAAUUCCUAGCUUUAUUGAAAGACUACAGCAAGGAAGCUAUAUCUCACAGGGAGUCAGGCGCUUAGGUUGAAAUAAGAAAAUCAAUGUGGAAGCACUUUGGAAUGUUAAAGCACUUUACAUAUGUAAGAUAUUUUUAGUGUCAUUGGAUUAAUACUGAAGUGAAAUUUCAACAGUUUAAACUGAUUUAGUUUCUUGCAAAAUAAUUGGUCUUGAGAGUGAUUCCUGCACAUAAUUUGCUGAAAUACAAGAAAGGAAUGGUGGGGGUUGGGGGGAGGUGGUGGUGGUGGUGGUGGUGAAACAACCCAUUUUAGGAAAUGACUUUGGUUGGCAUUCUAAUGUAAAAUGUAUGGUAGAAUGUUGUCUGUGAAGUGUUAAGAACAAGCUGAAUGAUUCUGAUCCUUUUUUUUUUUUUUAUUGUAAAGCUGCAGAAUAAUUUUCACCCAUUUCUCAUCUCUCCUUAUCUUCCUAUCUAACAUUAAGACAAAAAAAAUCAUGUUAGGAAACAAAAACAUAAUGCUUUGACAGAGGAAAAAAUACCAUCUUUAUUAGAAGUUACGUAUUUCAAAAAGCCAUUUUAAUUGAUAGGAAGUGCUUAGAACAGUGCCUGGCACAUAGCAAGUGCUGUAUAUGAAUUGUUUUACAGCUAUUACCAUUGUUAUUGUUGCUACUGUUAUUAUUACAUUUAGAAACACAAACCUAAAUUAAAAUUCUCCAUCUGAAAAUCUCACUUUUCAGUUAGUCUUUACUUCCAUUUAAAAUAGUUUAUAUUGUUGUUUAUAGAUUACCAUUUAAGUGAAGUGAGAUUAUAAAUCUGUGAGACAGCUUUUCUCAUGUAACACAAAAUUAAUAAAUGAUCUCAUUUACCUACAGUCACAUUGCAUAUAAGUACUUUAAGGGAAUUUACGCAAGCUGAUUAGAAAGAGACACAGAAGUACAACCUUAAACAUGACUUUAUUAAUAAAUGAAAUAAUUUUUAAUCAUUUAUUGAAGAUGAAGUCUUCACAUUUUAAACACACAGGUUCAGCUUGACUGUUAACGUGUGUAUGACUAUUUGCUUCUUUUUCUACCUUACUUAAUGUAGAAUUCAUAGUUCAAAAUGACUUGAGGUGAAAAAUUUCCUGUUUUUUAUUCACGAGAUAGGAGGAUAUAAAAAGGCAGCUUUAGGAGGGGUGAGAGAAUCAGUCAGCUAAAUUAGUAAUAUUAUGAUAGCACUUGGUAUUAAAAAGCAAAAAAAAAAAUCUGUAGUAAUUAAUUUUUGCAGUGUUAGACACUUUUAUCACCAUGAAGGAAUCUUAUGUUUCUUUUGAGUGUACUACUGCCAAACUUGUUGCUAUCAGUUAUAGGCACUAGGAACACAUUGUUUUUAUUGUAUUGAACUUACUUAUUAUAAUUUAUUAGAAUAAGAUUUCCAUAUAGCAGAAAUUUCCCAGCUAUCAUUGAUGGAUUACUUAUUUUAGGUGACAUUCAAUCCCUCAAAAUUGGACAGUGUUUGGACUAAUGAGGUAUUUGACCUAUAACAAUUAAAGAGGACCUCACUUAAUUAAAGUUAACUAAAGUUGUUCACAAUCAUUAUUCAUUUGCAUUCAUUGUAUUUUAAGAGUGAUGCUUUCAGGGCAAAAAUUUCAACUACCGGCAAUAUACCUACUUUAAACAAGGACCAGAACUUUAAUUAAGCACACCAGAAUAUCACACAUAUAUAAAAAUUCAAACAAGAUCUCUUAUUUUCUUUUCCUCUCCCUAAUCCCCUGUUUUGGGAACAAACUCAGGCUUCUCAGAAGGACAAAAAAAAUUUCCUGUGGGAAUAGAUGUGGCUGACCAGCAUAGGGAGACCUAAGGAAUAGUUUAUGUGAUUUAAAAGGGUCUGUUGUUAAAUUGUUGAAAUGUAACAAAUUGUUGAUUGAGGAAAUGCUUUCCAGUUGCAGAUUGCCUUAUAGUUUGCAAAGCACAUUCACAUUCAUUAUUUUACUGAUGGACGGUAAGUAUUGGAAAUGAAGCCCAUGUUGAGAAUUUUCCUGUGAUCAAACAGGUAAGUGGCAGAGCUGAAAAUCUAACUCAUACAUCUGAUUUCAAGUCCAGUGCUCUACCCAACAUGAAAUCUCUCUUUAAUCGGGUGUUUAGUCUGUUAUUUUCCCAUUGAUAACAGAGUAUUACAUGGAUAAUGAUUAGGAAUAAAUUACAAGUUUGCUUUCAUUUGAUAGUAGCAAAUUUCGUUGUAAGUAAUUCAUUCAGAGCAUUAUAACUACGGACUAUCUGCCAGGACUUGGGUAAUUUUAUUACAUUGAACUGUUUGCCCUGGUUCUUAGAAUAAAAGAAUUUGACCUUUGCUGGAAUUGAAUCUUUACAUCUGAUCUGGGGAGGAGUUGGUUAAUCUUUAUUACCCAAACACAAAUAGUGUGUGUGUCUAGAUCUCACAGAAACAUUGAAAGGAAAGAAAGGAUUUGAGGGUGCAUUCAGUAAAUUUCCAUUAAUGAUCAUUUAUUUAACUGAAGUUAGAUUUGUUUGAUCUUCCUAAUAACCCAUUGACAUUUUAGAGUUAUAGCAAAAAGUCUUUUCAUUUAAUUUCUUCCCUCAUUAUAAAAUUUCAUAUUCUAACUAAACCAGCACAGUAGGCAAAACAGGAUAAAGUAAGACAGGUAGAAGAAUAAGCAGUGUAGCAAUAGAUGUUCUUCAUUGGUUUAAAAAGUAAACUUGCUUUUGGCAGUUAGGCAAGUAGAUUUUAGAAGCCUUGAAAAUCAAACUGUCUCCUUGGGACAUAAAAAUCCCUGUUUAAAAUUAAGUUCAUUUUGAUUUAGCACUGUUUUUAAGGCUUUAAGAGUAUGUAAAAAUAGCCCAGACAUUUUAUUGGCAGUAUUGGAAAAUAGCUUUUAAAAAAUGCUUAAUUAAAACCUACAGUAUAUUUUGUCUAAGAGGUGCUGCCAGACUCUUAGAUAGUGAGGAUCAUUUACUAGAAAACACUGCUUGGUCCUGACUGAGAAAUGAGAAAUUAAAAACACUACUUUUUAAAAUAAUGAAAUAAAUACAUCACAAUGCACCGAGUUUUUUCCAUAGCAUUGGAUUGCUGAUUUUAAAGCUAUUGAUAAAAUUGCUAAGAAAAGUGUGCUUGCCAUAUGAACUUAAAGUAUAUUCUCUAGCAAUUCUGCAUUGAUUAUUGGUAAUGUAGCUACAGUUCUCACAUUUCAAUCUUAUUUUGGAAAGGUAGGCUCAACAUUUGAGGAACAUAUUUAGAGAUUUUUCUAGUGUAAAUGUAUAUACUAUUUUAGGUUUGCAUUUCUUUAGAGGGUACCUUUCAACUUCUGGCUGAGGAAUUAAUUCCUUUUAGAAUGGAAAACAUGUACUUAAAUACUUAUUAAGUAAAAUGAAAAAGUUACUGCCAUUUUCCCUUAGAUUCCUGAUACUUCUUUCUUACUGGUUAGGGUUGCAUUGGUUGUGUUCUGUGAGUCUUAGCCUCAUGUGCCCUUUGUCAAACCUAUGCCCUUAUAUUCAGGCAAACAUCCCCUUUUCUGGUCUCUUUCUGGCUGAAAAGGAGAGGGCCACUGUGGGAGUCCUGCAGGGCCCACAGAGGAUUUAUUUCACCAAAUGUUGAUCACUCCCAGUACACGGGCUUAGAUUGCAGAAGCAACCUUCCUCAUAGGGAUCCAAAGUUGUGCUGCCUGCCCUACUCUCACUUGGUGCAGAACCAGCUGGGCUGGUGUUUAAAGCUAUUUUCACGGUUGGAUGGAUCACAAUAUGUAUGAUGCUAGCCAGACCUUCUGGAUUUACCGAAUAUCCAAUUCUCUAUAAAUUGUAGUCACUUUAGCUAGUUUUGACAAUUUAUAUACAAUUCUCUCUACAAUUAAUAAUUUCCUACUAAUAGACUUGAAACUUAGACUAUCAGGGAAGUUUCUAUCUCAAAACUCAUUCUGAAAAUGGCUCACAUGUGUACCCACGGUGCCCUUGAAAGGCUGACCAGCAAAUGUGAUUUUCACUAUUGUUUUUUAAAGUGUUGUGCCUCCAGUCUUGAAAGUGUACCAACCUUGUCCUCACACUCAGAGUCCUGUGCCCCCAGCCCACCCCCAUGAUGAAGUCCUUAUUGUGGCUGCAGCUCUUAUCAUAGUUUCCCUUCUACUGUCACCCUACCUCUGACUAUUCCAGCUGCUUGAGUUUUGGGGACACAAUUCCUAUUGCCAUGGCUGGAAGACACAGAGUCUCAAAUUGAAAUUGCACAUACAUCUUCCCUCAGAAAUGAUGACUGGGUAUAGUCAAAAUAGUUCUCUGUUAGUUCAGGAGCUGCAUAGGUUAAAUAUAAACAUAUCUAGACAAAGCUAUGAACCUAUCCACCAUUUAUUUAAUUUAUGAUAUUGUUUCUAUAAGAUAAUUUAUCCUGAGUUUCAACUAAACAAUGACCUUGGAAUAUGUCUAUUUUGUAAAUAGGAAACUGCCUAUAUUAGAAUUAUAUUAACUUGCAUUCUUUAAGUUGGCAGUAACUAGGCAGCAGAGUGAAGUGGCCCAUGUGUGUGUUGGGAGGUAGUGGAGAAGCUGACCUAGCAUGAAAAUCCUGUAGCCGAUCUCCAUAGAGUUUGUAUCCAGAUACUCCAGACUGGAAUGCACAUGCGUAAGUGGUCCAGGGCCUGCUAACAAAGGGCAGGUGUAAAACAAUUGGGCUGACCUUUGAGGAGAUGGAGGUUUACGAGUGUCACACAUUUUCCUUACGGAUUCUUUUGAGUAUUGUGUCCCAAAACUAUUGCCAUUGUGGAAACAACAGUAUUUUAUCAUCUGAUCUAUGAAGGAGAUAAUAGUCGGUAUGUUGUAAAGACUCGUAGCAAUAAUUGCUAGUUUUUAGCCUUGAGGAAUAGCACUUAAUUUUAUCAAGUCCUAGAGAAUCAUCGUCCUCUGCAAUCACAGGGCACAGAAAAGUAUGAUCAUCCAUUCUUACUGAAAAAAAAAAAAAAACAACCUACAUAUACUCCAGAGACAAUGCUAAGCUAAAUAAUGUAAUUGCAUUAUUAUACAUUCAUCUUUGGCAUGUAUGUGUCAAUUUAUCUUUAUUUGCUUCCUUUCCUUUUUUUUUUCCUUUUGCUUUACUUAGUUGCCCCUGCUUAUGUGAGCUCCAGUUGAUUGCAGGUAUAGCAUGUUGUCUAACAAAAAGAGUGAGGAAUUUGCAAAAAAUCUUGAAAAACAUUUUUGAGCUCUAGGAAAACUGGAGUUGAAAAGAUAACUAAGAUAAUAAGAUUUCAGAAGGGGAAAAGAGAAUGAGAGAAUAACAAUGUUGCUAUAGGUUCACCUUUCUCUGAGCAGAGGAAAUAUUGCUAUUUCAGACUUCAAACUGUAAUAGAGGCAUGUUUACGAUUCAUAUAAAGAGGUCUGAGGUACCCUGGAGGAAUUGCCUUCUUGGCUCGCCCUGUGAAUUUCCAGGGAUAUUGAAGUCAUCUGUGCUUUAUUAGCAUAUUAUAGAUUAACGUUCAGGUUUCUAUCAUUAUAUAAAUUAAAACAGAAAAGUUUACUUCAUUUGUUUUUGAGAACAAAUUUCCAUGCCGGAUUUUGGUAGGAGGAGCAGGGAAAUAUUUUGACUCAUCAGAGUCCAUUGAGGUUUUCUAUCUUACAGAGAAAAAUUGCUUGAAGAGUAUACCACCCAUUAAAAGGGGUAGAAUUAACUUGUUGUUUAAAAGACCUUUGAUUAAUUGAAAAAUAAGAAUAUACAAUAAGGUGUUUAUAACCUGUCAGUAUCAAAUGGGAAUAAUACAUCUCAAACAGACCACAUUAUUACAAGCAUCGCCAUUUACCUUUCUGAUGGUGAAAUCACAUAAAAAUGAAUGGGAGACAAAUCUAAGGUAUGACUGUUAGCCCUUUAAUAUUCAUUUUGCAGACUUUUCACAGCUAAGUUUUAAUCUCGAAUUGCUUUCCUUUGCCACCCAGCGAGGUUCUGAGUUGCUUCCUUACGCUGUUCUUUGGAAUGUGCUCCGGGAAUGUAAGCUCAUUUUAAUAUUGGCCUAAGUAAAACAGGAUUAUAAAAGCAAAUCUGUGUCUCAAGUUCCCAUAAUGCAUUUCAAAAGCAAGUUAAAUUAUUUCGAGAUUAUCCUGUUUUGGAUACCAUUAUUCCUUUCUGCUAAAAUCGUUAAUCAAGAAUUGACAAAUACAUUUGUGAAGUAAACAUGAAAAUACACAAUUAUUUGUCACUUUUUAUUAAUUUAUUAAGCAUUCACUUAAUGCUGGUGUAGGUGUUCUAGGAAAGCAAUGGCAAUAUGAUUCAAAUUUUAGUAGAGUCUCUGUCAUUUAAAAAAAGGAAAGAAGAAAGAAAACUCCAAUAACAACAAAUGUUCCUAAUCUUAGUAUAAUGCCAAUAGGGUAGUGAUAUGGAGCUUAAUUUGAAGGUUUUGAGAAAUAUAUAUAUAUGACAUCCAGUGUAUCAUAUAAGACAGCAAGAAGUCCUUUUUAAAGCACAUGUAAUGUGCUACAUAUAGACAUAUGAAGAUAUUUUUGUACUAAAACCAAAUAGUAAACUAAACUGGGUGAAAUACCUUUCUAACCUUAAAUAUCUUUUAAAAUGUAGCUGAUAUCUGAUAACAUUCUGUAAUACUAGUCUGGCCUAAUUUUCCAGCAAGUAACAGUUACUAAUAUGCACUCUCACAGUUAACUGUGGUUGUCACAGACUCCUUUCUUCCUGUGUACAACUAGAUACAUAAAAUGUAAAAUUUCUAAACCCACUGUUGACAGGAAAGCUUAAUAUCUUUACUAAUCUAGGGUAUUUUUUUUGAGACAGGGUUUUACUGUCACUCAGGCUAGAGUGCAGUGGCACAACAGGAUUUUACCAUGUUGCCCAUGCUGUUCUUGAACUCCUGGCCUCAAGGGAUCCACCUGCCUUGGCCUCCCAAAGUGCUGGGAUUAUAGGCAUGAGCCAUUAUGCCUGGCAUUUUUUUAACCCUUUAAUCUGUAGGAACAAACCUAUGCAUUGAAUCUUAAUGAAUAGACACAAGUAGUAAGAGAGGAAUGUACUUUUCCCACUCAGUGCUUUAUCCAGCUGCAAAUUUGUUACAUUUUUAAAGCCCUUGAACCCAGGAGUUUGGGUGGGGCUGCAGUGAGCCAUGAUCAUGCCACGGCACUUCAGCCUGGGUAAGAAGUCAGGAUAGUGAGACCUCAUCUCUAAAAAAAAAAAAAUUGUAAAACUUUUGAUGAGAAAAUUAAUACUUAAAAUAUGUAUUUCCAGUUUAAUACACAAUCUUGUACUUUAAGCCCACUCUGGAAGAUGUUUUCCAUGGAUUCUUUUAGGAUGUCUCAAAUAAAAUAGAAUACUUGGUACUUUGAGGUGACCUGAUCUUAAGGUAAUACUGGCAUCCCAUCAUCAAUUUGCUGAUCAUUUAUCCUUAUCCCUUCUCUGGUCCAGCACCUUCUUUGUAUCUGAUCCACACCUCCUGCCACACUCCCCAUUACGCACCCUCUCAAAAGCAGAAAGCCAAGAGAAUAAUGCUGGAACUUUUUUCUUUUAUUAAACAGAUGGGAAUUUAAAGUCUCCUUGGCAGGUAUGACUUUGUUCUAUUAGAAGAAAUUCAAUGAUUGAGUCUAGAGACCAUCACCAAGGCUGUACUUAAAUCCUAUGACUUGUGCUACAUAACCUGGUGAAGGCAUAGUCACACAUGUAGAAGAAGAAGAAGAAGAAAAAAAUCUGUUUCUCUGCACAAUGCCUGGCUCACUUGUGGGCUCCACUGGAAGAAAGUAGAACAGUGCACACAUGUGUAAAGAUGCUGUCCACCAGAAAUGUCAGAGUGGCAGCGUGGGGGCCAAAGGAAUAACUGCCCUUAUUUCCUUGCCCAGCCGAUAUUCCUCACAGGCAGCCAGCAGAGUUGAUUAACUCUGUCAAUGCCCAGGCAGUCUCCUCUAUAUAGCUCUCAAAAACUUCUAGUUAGAUUUUGUUUUGUGUUUUGUUCUUUUGUUUUAAACCAGGGUGGGGGUGAAAGCUCUCCACAUUAAUUCUUCAAGUAACUUUUGUUUUAUCAUCUUUUUUCUAGAGUGAUUAUAUUGACACGAAAACACAUUUUAGAAGAAAAGUGAUACUUAUGGAAUUUUAUCUUCAUCUACUCCAGAUCUGCCUACAGGAAAGAAAAUUCAGUCUUCUGAGUAGAAAGCAACCUAAAUUCCUACAAGCCUACAAGUGGACUCUGGCAAUUGAAUGAUCCUAUUCAUGCAGAUCAUUCAUCCUACUGCUUAUGGAUCCAGUGAUUUCUAAUUAACAAAUUUACACUGUGCAAAACACUGGUUUUGUUUUCUGGUAUUCUCCCCGAUCUUUCCCUUUGAACAGAAACAGAUACUAUAGAAAUGAGCAUCUGAUAGCUCUUUCCCUCUCUUAAAAAUGUUAAUUACAAUAUAUAUAAAUGCGGUCAAUGCCAAUUUUAAUGAUGUAAAAUAUUUAGAUUCAAUUUUGAAGUUGAAAAACCUUUAAACUAGGGCGCAUAAAGAAAAAAAGCUGUCAAUGGGAAGGUAGGUAUGAUCUGGAAUCUUUUUUCUGAGUAUUACACACACAAAACAUUUCUUGAUCAAUGAAUUAAAUGUCAACUGAACUGAUAUCUUGAUGGGACAUUACCAAUAUUUUAAAGGCAGGACUAAAGGGCAGAUUAUUUCAGAUUUUGCUCAUUAGCAAAACUAACAUUCUGCUCAUGUUAAAUGUCAAUGAAACUUAUAUCUUGAUUGAGCAUUUCCAGCAUUUUAAAGGCAGAACUGAGAAAUGGCUUAUCUAUUUGUUCACAUACAACACUAUGACCUUCUGCCUGCAAAUCAAUUGAGUAUUUUCAAACCUAUUAUUUUUAAUUUAUUGUGAAACCUACAUUUACCUCCUAAGAGAAGCAAGGCUCUUCAAAAGUCUCUUCCCACGGCCCCUCUCUGCUUCUCCGGCCCUCUCUCCAGUUUCAACCUCUAUUCUUCUCCUUUUUCCGGCCCUCUCCCCAAUGCACACUCUCCCUCCUAUGUCCAGGGCUACUAUAAAGAGAUCAGUUUCCCAUAUUCAAUAAAUCAGUGUUUACUUAUCAAUUAAUAGUUUGAUGAAAACUUAAGCCAAAAGGAACCUCUUAUAAGGCUUUGUUUCCUUCGGGAUAUUGAGCCAAUGUAAGAUGUACCAAAUUUAAAAAAAAAAAAAAAACAAUCAGAGCAAGCUCUCCUUCCUCCCCCCCUCCCCCAUUUUUGCUUGCCUCUGAUUGAAACUGAAUUAAGAUGUUAGGAGCCUAGACCUUUGAGUACAUGACACUAACAAGGUGGUGACCACAGAGAAUAGGUACAAAGGUCUUGAAGCUUGCUUAGAGCUUUGUUCCGUGGUGGCACACAAAUCUUGGCUUGCUGUACCAUCACUGGCAAACCUCAUCAUAUCACAGAUGAGUGUGAGUGUUUGAGUGUCUGUGUGUGAGCACUAGUUGUAUGUGUGCAUAUUUGUGUGUAUGCACACUUUUGUGUACCUGUGUACAUGUGAUUGUAGAUGUACCUGUUGUGUGUAACUGUGUUAAAAAGAAACUUGCUUCGCAUUUAAUGUGCAACUUUGAAGUAGUGUAAUAUUUAUCUGAAGUUUUUCACCACUUGGUUUUGAUGUAUUUGAACGUGUACUUCUAUCUUCAAGCAAGCUUAUAGUACAUGUUGCUAAACUAACUUCUCCAAACAACUGAGUUGACUUCUAUUUUUCCUUGCCUACCAACCAAAGGGAUGGGGGCCUUUUCUUUCCCCUUGUAAAUGAUGCUGAGGAGAGGAUGUGGCUACAGGAUCAGGCAUUGUUACAGUAACUAGUCACUGCUAGGACAUCAACUUCAUAAGUUCCUUCAGACUCUUCUCUUUUUUCAACCUAAUCAAAUAAUGCAGUGUGGCUUUUGUUCGUUGUGAUAAAAAUGUGCUCUUUGGGCAGCCUUUUUUCAAGCCUUCUGUCACCAUUUUAUUUUCAAGUUAAGUAAUAAUUGUUUAGAAUUGUGAGAAAAAAGAUUACUUGGGGGAAAAUACUAUAUCACUUUAUUUGCAUAUUAGCUUCAGAAGCUGCCAGCAGACAGGGUACAGAGGGUAUAAAGCACAGAUGUAACAGUUGCUGAAUAAAUGAACGAGAAGCCUCAUACAUAACAGUACACAUUAUACAAGUAGUAACAGGUACAAAUAGUCACAAGUACUGCAUAACAAGCAAUCUUUUUCACAUUAUUUCUUAGUUUACAGACAAUUAAUUUAUUCAGUAUUGUACUGGAAGAAUCUUUAUGGACUAUGUGUACCAGCAUAUCACUUACCUUCCAGCUAUCAGUUCAUGCUGCUGUUAAGAAAAAACGAUGAUGGAAUGAUUUUUUUGUGUGUGUGACCGCUGCAUUUAAUUCGGUAUCAGGUGUAAUCACUUAGUUGUUAAAAAGUGAAACUUCACAGUUCCACCAGCUAAUUACAUUUGCUAUUUCUGCUUCAGAGAUCUGCUUUGAGUUGCUUUGGCUUUGUCUUCCUUUGUAAAUACUCUUGUACUUUCUUUUCUUUGUAAACAUCUCGUUUGCAGUUUUGGGAGACAACUUUGCAACUCUGUAUAGUGUUUAUAUAUAUAUGUAUAUCUAUAUAUAUCUGACUUGCCUUUCCAUAGAGCUACUCGCAAUAAAUGUGUUCAUGUAAGUUA